CGGUUGAGCCAAGCCCCGAAUUGUAAGUAUCACUUUACCACCAAAACAUGAAAGGUUAUCUACCCACUCUUCGAGUUCUAAUAGAUCCACACAGGCCGCAAUCCCCUGUUGAUAUCACGGGUCUUCAUGUCUGUCUCGAACCAUUUUGUAAUUCAUCGCCGUUCAAACGCAAGGCAGAUCUCCAGCGCCACUAUCAGCAUAGACACCGUGACUCCAGUCAGAAAACGCCGUUCCCUUGCGAUUGGAAGAAAUGCCAAAGAUCGAAGGAACCCUUCUACCGGCUCGAUCACUGCAGGGAACACUAUAGAGAUUACCACCUUGAGGACAUGAUACGGCGCGGGUCCAAACAAGAAAACAGUGACUGGUGGGAAAGCCGCAAUGUCGAUUGCAGGUGGUGGCGCUGCACUAAGUGCCUCAGCCGCAUAUCUAUUGAUACUAAGGGCUUCGAAUGUUCCAAAUGCAAGAUAGUAUGCGAACCUGACCGCCGGAAGCUGAGAGGUUACGCAUAAGCAGUCCAGCUGAACGUCUACUGUGCUCAGCUCGAGCAUCCUGCCUCAAUGGAUUACCUAUAACUAACUCGGCAUAUCUGUGCAAGGGAUGUUAUCUACUCUGACAUGGCUACGAGAAAAGCCCGCUUAUUCUCCCCUCACAUCUCAUCCUUUAUUUUUAUUUUCCAUUUCACUUUAUUUUAUUAUUUACGCUGCGCCUUCUCCUUACCCCGGACUGGUUUCCUUCCCCUUUUCAGCGAAUGGCGUAGGGCUGGUACAUACCCUGUGCGUCUUAAAAGGCUAUGCACCCCGAGUGACUGAUUAUUGGUCAGGCUGCAGUUCCAUGCAUCGGUAUACAAGGGGUGAGUGGAGGCAGGCCAGGCAGGCCAGGCAGUUUGAUGUCUUGGUAUUUACAUUUAAGAUUUCUUUUUGUUAUUCUGAUACCUACUGUCUUACUUACCUAGAUGAGAAAUGUGGCGAUGAUUUUCACUUAUUUAUUCCUUUUUUUACUCCCCUUGAUUGGCUUAUUCCCUUGGUUGAGGCGUUUGACUGCGGCUGUAUUGAUUGCUAUCAUGUCAUGUUCUUUAAGACUGCAUUGCGAGGCUGGUCAAGUAUGUAUGUUUCUAUGCAGGGAACUAUCGUUUCGCUUCCUUCUUCAAACCCUUAUUUCUUGCCGACCUUCAAUGUUUCAUGAGCCAUAUAUAUGCGUGGGUGUUAGCUCGGGGGGCAAGGGGGGGUAGUAUGCGGAAUAAAUAUCUGAGUUGCAGAGUUGCAGCCCUGCGCACGGGAAAGUCGGAUGCUACCUACCCAGAUUUUUCCAGAUAUUCCUGUGGGCUUGCCUGAGGUUUGCCUGGGCUUGGUUAGUUUGCUUUGCCUCAACGUUACGCAACUGCAUACCCAUACAGGAAGUGUAUUUAUGUAAAUAAGAGAAGAGGGGGGUUACGUCUUUUUACGUUAUCAAAGAAGAUAGAUAGCUACCCGGAAUUGCACAUUCUUGAUAUUUAUUCA